AUGGGGAGGAAGAAAGGCCGCGGCGGCGGCGGCGGCGGCGGCGGCGGCGGCGGGAGAGGGCGCGGCGGGGGAGGACGCGACGGCGCGGCCGAGGCCGAUGAUGCGGUGGCGACGUCGGAGAAGGCGCGCGGAACGGUCCGCGACGACGGCGACGACGGCGACGACGACGCCGCGCGCGCGGACCUCGCGCCCGCCGACGCCGACGCGGGCGCGGCGGCGGCGGCGGCUUCGCCGUCGGGAGGAGAAGGCGCCGCGAACCCCGCGGAGGACGGCGACGCGCGCGGCGGCGGCGACGGCGACAGCGACGCGGCGUCCGCGCCGUCGCCCGCGGCUCCGUCGGAAGCGAUCGCGCCGUCGUCGUCGUCGCCGUCCGGACCGACCGUGGACGUCGCCGAGAUCUCGCUCGAGGACGUCGAUGACGCCGCGGCGACGCCGCCGCGGCCGCGAUCGGCGUCGGACGGAGACGCGGGGCGCGCUGACGCGGCGGCGUCGAGGUCAUCGGGCGCGCCCGUGACCAAGUCGCCAUCCGCGGGCGCGGGCGGCGGCGGCGGCAGGCCCGGGAUCUUCCGCCGUCUACAGUCCGUCGCGGGCACGGCGGUGUCCGCGUUCGGCGACGGCGCCGCGACGCUGCGACGCUCCAAGUCCGCGAGCGCGAAGGACGCGCGAGGAGGCGGCGGCGGCGGCGCGGCGGGCGGCGACGGCGAACGCGGCGCCGCCGCGAAUCAUCCCGCCGGCGCCGGCGCCGGCGGGAUGUCGUCGGACGAGGACGAGGCCGAGCGCGCGGCGGUGAAGACCGCGAAGAAGCGCGCGCGGAAGGCGCGCCGGCGACUGAAGCGACUCGUGCACGCCACGAACGCGAUGGGCGCGGCGCUGGGCCUCGCGCUCGGGUUGCGGCAUCAACGCCCCGCGCACGCGAUCAAAGACGCGGACCUCCCCGGCGGGGAUCCGUACGACGCCGCGAACGACAAGGAGGGCGACGCGAACAAAGACCCGCCGCUGACGCUGGAGGUUGGCUCGAAGGCGGUCGGCGACGGGACGCGGCUGCCGGCGUUUCGGUUCAUCCUGCACGCGCCGAGUCGGUUCGAACGCGUGCGCGCGGCGUGGGGGCUCCAACUGCCGGACUACGUAGAGAGCUUUCAGCUCGACGGCGGGCGCGCGGUCGUGGACGCGAUCGCGGCGCACGAGCUCCUCGGGAGAGGGCUCGCGGAGGACACCGCGGAGGAGGACUUCGCGGCGGCGAAGAUGGAGGAAGAGAAGCGUCGGACGGCGGCGGGCACGGGCGCGGGCGCGGGCGGCGGCGGCGCGGGCGCGGGCGCGGGGCCCGCGUCGCCGAGCUCGAGCGACGAUCGAUGGGUCAAGGACAAGGACAAGGCGCAGGCGGCCGCCGCGAGAGACCACCAGACGACCAAACAGCAGCAGCAGCAGCGACAGCAUCGCAGACAGAGGACGCUCUCCCUCGCGUCGGACGACUUUGAUUACGCGUCGGACGACUUUGAGGUGCGUUCUAUGUCACACUGGUCCCCAUACGACCGCGUUCGCGUGGUGAACGCCGAUCCUUAA